AUGGGUGACAAAGGCCAGUACGCUCACCUGCCCAUCCCUACCUACGAGGAGGCCACCUCGUCCCGUCCUGCUUCCUCCCAAUCUAGACUCGGCCCAGAAGAAAUCAGUGAUGAUGCUGAGAGGCAAGGCCUUUUGGGAUCCUCUCGAAAUUAUCGCCCUCCCACUGUCGAGUCUGCGCGGCCGAGUCUUGAUUCCCUGGAUGGUAUCGAGCAAGAUGGCGAAGAUGAAGUGCGCAGAGAGAUGCAGCAGAUGGACGUGGAAGACCCUCAAAGCGACUCCUCCUCCCACCGCUCCCUCCUUCGAUAUCGUCUAUCCAAGAGUAUCUCCAACCUGACCAACUCGUUCUCCUCCCUCACCCUCCCUUCCUUUCGCCAAUACCUCUCUAACAUCUCAUGGCCGCGAAUAAACUAUCAACAAUUCGAUGCGAAUCGUGUCGUUAUCAUCGGGCGACUGUUUGGUGUUUUCUUGAUCAUGGGUGUUCUCUAUGUACUUAUAGCGUCGGACGUUCUGUCAUUUACCAAGAGUCGCAUGGGGAUGGGCCAGAUAUACGACCCCGAGUCUAUCAGAAUAUUUGUACAGAACCAUAUGAACGAUCAUGGACACAUGCAGAAAUAUCUGCAGCACAUAACGGAUUUCCCUCAUAUCGCCGGGACUGAAGGCAACUAUGUGCUGGGAGAAUGGGUAGCCGAGCUUUUCAAAGCAGGCGAGUUGGAAGACGUGGAAAUGGAGAGAUACGACGUCUACCUGAAUUAUCCACGAAAGGAUGGGAGAAGAGUGGCGAUUGUCGAGCCAGAAAAUAUGAAAUGGGAGGCGAAAAUCGAAGAAGAUCAAGAGAAGUCUUUGGUGUUUCAUGGCCACUCAAAGUCGGGCGAUGUGACUGGUCCCCUGAUAUAUGCAAACUUCGGGUCGAGGGAGGACUUCAAGACUCUCGAAGAUAACAACAUCUCUGUCAAGGGCGCCGUUGUCCUUGUUCGCUAUUAUGGCUCCCAGGGAGACCGAGCGUUGAAAGUCAAAGCGGCAGAACUUGCCGGUGCUGCGGGAUGUAUCAUCUACUCGGAUCCCGCGCAAGAUGGCUUUGUUCAGGGACCAACCUUUCCAGAUGGACGUUUUAUGCCGCAAGACGCUGUACAGAGAGGUGCGGUUAGCCUCAUGUCCUGGGUUGUUGGAGAUGUUCUCACGCCGGGAUGGGCUUCAACGCCAGAGAACAAGAAACACCUCAAACCGGAGGACUGUGCCGGCCUCAACAAGAUCCCUUCCAUCCCCAUCUCCUGGGAGGAUGCGAAGCAUCUACUCGAGUCGCUUAAAGGGCACGGUAACCAGAUGAAGGACAACUGGCAGGGAGUUCCUGACUUUGAAUACUGGACGGGCAAUCAGGACUCUCCGAAAGUCAACCUCAAGAAUCUUCAAGAUGAAGAGCAAACGCAGCCUAUCUACAAUGUGCUUGGCAAGAUUACAGGCUGGGAGCAGCCCGAGAAGAAGAUCGUAGUGGGCAACCAUCGCGACGCAUGGUGCACCGGCGCCGCCGAUCCCGGCAGCGGCACAGCCGUAAUGCUCGAAGUCGUGCGCAUCUUUGGUGAACUGAGGCGACUAGGUUGGCGGCCACUGCGUACAAUCGAAUUCGCUAGCUGGGAUGGGGAGGAGUACAACCUGAUCGGCAGCACCGAGUACGUCGAAAACCGGGAAGAUCAGUUGCGCGAGGAUGGAAUUGCCUACCUCAAUGUCGACGUUGGGGUGACCGGUGCCGAUUUCCAUGCCGCUGCCUCUCCUCUUUAUGAACGACCCUUACUGCAUGUAAUCAACCGUGUCGGUGAUCCCUCUACAGGCAGAUCCAUCCGCGAACUCUGGGACGCAGACAGCCGGAGGAUCGAAGGCCUCGGCGCAGGAAGCGAUUUCGUCGCCUUCCAAGACAUUGUCGGCACCUCGUCGAUUGAUAUGUUCUUCAAAGGUGCCAGAUUCCCCUACCAUUCCUGCUACGAUAAUUUCGAGUGGAUGGCCAAGUUCGGUGAUCCAGACUGGACAUAUCACAAGGCCAUGGGAGAGAUCUGGGCGCUCCUCAUCCUGGAGCUGGCUGACAGGCCGGUCCUUCCCUUCGACAUCAGCGCCUACGCCAGGGCUAUUGUGAGAUAUAUCGAUGACCUUAACACGUAUGGAAAAUCUGCGCCCACAGCAUCCGAUGCAAAUACUCUUGAUAUCUCCCCCUUGCGGAAGGCCUCGGACAUCCUCGCCCAGGAGGCGCUGCGCUUCCACACCUUCGACGCAACCUGGCGUGACUUCAUCUUCAGCGCCGGCGGCUUCGAAUCCACAGCCAUGGGCGAGGCUCGCUUGGACCACAACAAUCGCCUCACACAUUUCGAGACGGAUCUUCUCGACCUCACGGAAGGCGGCGGACUGGUCAACCGAACACAGUUCAAACAUGUCAUAUUUGCCCCGCAGAUGUGGAGUGGCUACGACGAUGCGACGUUCCCCAGUGUGAGAGACGCCAUUGAUGCCGGGAACUGGGAGGUGGCGCAAGCCGAGGUCGAGAAAGUGGCGGGCAUACUGGAACAGGCCGCUGGCAAGCUGAACUCAUGA